CAAAGGCUACCUCAUUUGAAGUGGACUAUCUUUCUCCAGGGGCUGAGUUCCCAUGCAGGUUGGGCCUGAGAAAGCCCCAAGCCUUCAGCUCAGGCCUGGCCAGCCUCCCAGGUAUCUUCAGAUGGCCAGAUGUGCAGGUGGGAGGGUUUCCUUCAACUCUCAGAUUAUCCAAAGGGAAGAUCUUUGCACCAGGCCUGCAAGCAGGGCAGAGCCUGAAGCAGAAGGGCAGAGAUUUUCCCGAACUUGUAUCUGGGCCCUUGUUUCUCCUCCUGGCUUCCCCUGACCCACUGUUCUAGAAUGCUAGAGUUCUAGAAAGGGGAGAGGGAGCCAGAUUCUAGAAUGGUUUUCUCCUCAAGAGCACAUCUGGAACAUGAGAAGGGCAUCUUGUAUGUUAACUAGGAAUCAAUUGCCUUGCCUAUGGCAGCUUCCUCUGCAGACUGUUGCUUCUUUUCUGGCUGCUUAAUCCUUUCCUCAUGUAGAUGCCUCCUCCUAGCAGUGAUUUCUAGAAGCCCCAUAGGCCUUUAGUGCCUCGGGUUUGCCCUGCCCCCUCUGACCCUUCCCUUGCGCAGGCAUGAACCUGGCCCACACCACUGUGCUCCUGUGGGCGUGGGGGAGCCUCCAGGCCUUUGAAAUAGUGGAGAAAGAGAACAUCUUUCAGAGGACCCCCUGCCCAGCUUUCCUGAUGUUUGACAACGCGGCCUACCUGGCCGACAUGAGCUUCGAGCUCCCCUGCCCCUGCAAGCCGGAGGAGGUGUCCGCUGUCGUCUGGUACUAUCAGAAGCACCUGGGCAGCAGCCACACCAAAGUGCUGACGGACUUCGAUGGGCGGGUGCUGACGGAGGCAGCCCAGGUGCGCGUGGGCAGCGACAUGCUGGUCCGCUUCAGCAUCCGUAUGUUCAGCCUCUUGGUCUUCCGGGCGCAGCCGGAGGAUUCCGGCUUGUAUUUCUGCGGCACCCGCAAGGGGGACUACUUUUACGCCUACGACGUGGACAUCCAGAGCAGUGAGGGGAUGGUGGCUACCUUCAAGGACCAGGGCCAGGAGCCCUUGGAAGACGAGUACCACGGGAGCCUCCGCGUCUUCACCACCUUCUGGGAGUGGACCCCCUGCGACCGCUGCGGGGUGCGCGGGGAGCAGUGGCGUAUCGGUCUGUGCUACCUGCAGAGCCCGGACCUCUCUCCCCGCUACCGCAAGAUACUGCCCAACGUGGUGUCUUGUGGUUCGAGGGCUGUGCCCAGGCAGCUCCGGGCCAAGGCCAGCGACCACAACCCCGAGCUGCUGGUUCGGAGCUGCCUGAGGCCCUGCGAGAAGAAGAAGAAGGUCCAGGAGGGCGUGAUAGCCAUCUUCAACUAUGUGUCCAAAGUGGGCAGUCGGCCCUGGUUGCCCCAGGUGCCCAUUCAGUUCCACCAGCAGAGGCUGGGCCAUGGACUCAUCAUCUCCUGCCCCGGAGCCCGGCCAGAGCACGCCGUGGCCUGGGACAAGGACCACCAGUACCUGUACCGCACGCAGUACCUGAAGGGCGUCAAUGGAUCCAUGAGGGUGUUCAUCGACCACGGCAACCAUCUCCACAUACGCUUCACCCAGCUGGAAGACCGGGGCAUCUACUAUUGCUGGCGGCAGGGCGAGCGCAUUGCUGGGUUCCGACUGGGCGUGACAUCUCCAGGUCGCUACCCGGUCUCCUUCUCCGACCCCGAGACUCGGGCCGCCCUGGGGCUCAUUCUGAUAGGCUACAUGCUUAUCACGGUCAUCUUUAUCAGCGUUCACCUUUGUCGUUGCUGCUGUUACUUAUUCCGUUUUUGUCCCAACUUCUCCCCUAGGCUGUCUCUCCCCUAGCUCUGAAGACCAGCUGUGCUCAAAUGUGUUCGUUAAAUGGUACCAGAUGCCUCCGGUUGGGGGCGGGGCAUGCGAACCUGCCCCCCAUUUUCGUGAGCAAGUCUAGAACCUCAUCUGGGAAGCAGGGAAGCCUGAGCAGGUGGGAGAUGGGGAGCUGAGUCCAGGAUGGAAGUAGUCGGAGUACACGUCUUCUGACUUAAUGCUCAGAGAAGGAAGAAGUGAACCUAAUAUUUAUCAUCUAUCUGGUGUUGACUGUGUUUGAUGUGCUUUAUUUUCUUGCCUUCAUGGAUUGCCAAGUGGGUGCUGUUUGAACUGAAGGUAGCAGAGAGAGGAAGAAAAGAGUUGGGGUACCUAGUAUAUAUAUCCCCUUUGCCUUCUUUCCCAGCCUCAUCCCGGAACCAGCAGGUAGAAAUGGUGAGUUUGAGAAUAAAGGUAGAGACCAGGACAGGAGAAAUGGGUGAGGAAAGUGGAGACUGAAUUCAGGGCUUUCCUGAGAGAUGGCACCCAGCCUGGGGCCGGAGGUGAGGAGCCAGAAGCAAAGGCAGUGGGUGCGUGGGGCACCAAGGCUGGAGAGCAGAGCAGGGUUGGAGGCAGGAUUUGUCAUGUGGCCACUUCUGGGGAUGCUGGGGGCCCCAAGACGAUCAGUGAUAAGAAGCAAGUUGUGUCUUGCCUGAGGCUGCUUACUGUCCUCUGCCCCAGCCUCAGCCUCCGCUGAACAGAUCAGAGUCCACUCUGGGGAAGGCCACAGCAGUCGUCUUUAUUUGUUGCAUUUAUGUCAGUGACUAAAGCUCGUGGCAAUGCCCUGAAGGUUAGCAGCAGUGGGUGGCACGAGGGAGUAGGGGAAGGGUAUGCAGUCAAGUCCCUCUGACUUGGAGGGAGAUGGGGACCCUGGGGUGGGCUUCGGAGCCCCACUUGUGGGCACUGAUCAUCUCAUGCCCAUCAGUCUCCCUGUGAACAGCAGAACAGGUGCUCAGGGUGAAAGUGUCUGCCCCAAGCUUUCCUGCCUCCAGGCUGCAGGAACACAAACCAGUGUCUUCACUCUGCAUGGGCCUCGGGUUCCAAAUCAUAAAAUAAACUGCUACCUAAAACAUGGGGAGGGGGGUAUGUUUUGUAUUUGACUAAGAGGGGGCUAUAGGGGCCUUGGUUUAGGGAACAGCAGUGAUCACUGUGGGGAGAGGAGGUUGGGUGGCAACAGAGGCUUCGCCUAGCAGUGUUUCCUGGGGUCAGGUGGCAGUUGCAGGGGCUCACAGGCCUGGGUGGACAAGGUUUACACAGCAAGGAAAGGUCCUUGAGAGCUGGGACAAAGCAGGCCCCACUCCCAUGAACAGCAGCCUCUUCCUUUCCUGUGUCAGCAUCUUCAAGAGGAUGAGUCACUUUCUUGAUUCCCACAACCCAAAGGCCAAGUGUAACUGCUUACCCACGACCCCCACUCUGAUGUCUAGCAUCAUCCCAAGCACUGCCCCCACCAUCUCUACCUGCCCACUCCAGCCUGUAUCAGAGUCCUCCUGGGCUUGACCUCUCUGUACCCACAGCAAUGGGCAACGCCCCCUUCUACUCCCUCCCAGCACCCCUUUCCUCUGCACUUACACUAUACUUCCCCCAAGCAUGGAGAAUCAAGCUCCCACGGGCCCACGGCAUGCCCACGUGGCAGCUCAGUGGGGCUGAGACACUCGACACAUUGCUCAGGAGGCCCCUCUGCAAUCUGAGCAGGCCAGGAAUUCUGUCUGCUGACUCUCCCAGUUGGCAGGAUAGCCCCACCCACCCUCAGACUGGUCAGAGUCAGUCUAGAAGAAUAAGCCUCUGGCCAAGGCCACCUUGCCUUGGGGACUUCCUCUGCUUGUCUCAGACUCUCAGUUUUCCUCCAGCAGCCCAAAGGCCCCAUUCCCAGAUACCCCCAGACACCUCCGGCUCUGGCAA